CUGCUCAUGGAGGACACAAAGCUCAUUCACGGAAUUUCAUGGUAAUCGCUUUUCACGCUCUGAUAGAAACAGUUUCCCUUUUUCCCAGAGAAGAACAAAGCCCUGUUAUUUAGAUAAAAAAGGCUAAAAAAAAACCCUUAAGAAACGCAUGGCAAUGGGAUGCGGAGCCAUUCUCGACACUAGUUCUACGGAGGGAUUACUCUCAAAGUGGCCGGUCAACAUGAAGUUUCUCUUAUGCGGCUUGGUUUGUAUUUUAACACUGAUUCAAGCUCCGGUGGCAACUGCGGGAGAUGUCUGUGAUGAUCCUAGAGUUACAGUUACAGUCAAUUCUGGAGUGGACGCAAAACUUUACUACAACAGAUCAAAUCAUGAAGAUGACCAACAUUUUCGUGGCUAUCGUGCAUACGCACAUUCGUCCGUAUUUGCAUUCCUAAACAAAACUGGAUUAGAUGGCGCUUGUACUCAUCCAGUAAAGGAGAUUUGUUUGCAGGGGAAGGCCGAAUUUAAGAAGGUGAACCAAAGCCUUUUGAUGAUAGAAAUUUUCAAUGUCGCUGUCAAUGAUAGUGGCAAGUACAAAGUCGUGGCCCUGUUCUCAUAUACACAUAAUGAUACGGAAACAGAGAAAUGCUUACAAGUGCACCAUCUAAAUGUAUCAGAUAACUCCACAGGAACCACGACAAGUCCAGUUCCUCAGUCGAUUCAAGUAUACAGCCUCAGCAGUAGCUCAGAAACCACGACAAGUCCAGUUCCUCAGUCGACUCAAGUCUACAGCUCCAGCAGUAGCUCAGGUCCCUGCAGGCAAACACUAGCGAUUGUUUUUGGGAUUCUCUUUGCUAUCACAUUGCUCAUCACAUUAUUUUUAUUCUAUCGAUUAAUAAAACUUAAAAAACAAAAUUCAGGAGAACCUAAUAACGACGAAAUGGCUCUUAAUCAUGCGCCAGCUUAUGAUCAACCAGACAACCGAAUGGCCUAAAGAACCACUGAAGAGAGAGAAAUAUACAUUUCCAUGGAAGAGCACAGAAAAGUAAGCAAUUUCGCGGGAAAAUCAAGUAUCGGUGAUGAGUCGGUCAGUCCUGAAUGACCUCAUUUUUCCAAUUAAAUUCCUUGUCUUGUAAUUUGUACCGAGACUCUUGUAAAGUGUUAUUUCCAGAUGAGAAAAAAACCUCCCCGCGGGGUGACGCGAUACGUGACGAGUUCAAACGUUUCCUCAUAUUUUGGAGCAAAGGCAAAAUAUGGGGAAACGCUCGAUUCGUAAGUUACAUGAUUUUUCGUACGGAGCGUUGCACAUUUCAGCACGCAAUUCAUGAGUUAGGAUACUCCUUGCGUGCGCCAAAUUGUCUUAAAUAAACCUUUCAGAUUGGUUGUUUGGCUUGAGCGUAGUCUGAAAACUAAUCCUAACCAUGGUCAACAGAAUAAAUGUUAUAUGAUAUUGUU